AUGGAUCCGUUCAGCUUGACUGUUGGCGCUUUAGGUAUCGCUGGAGCAGCGGUGCAGAGUAUUCAAUCAUUAAUCCACGAGAUCGAGGCCAUCAAAGGUGCACCAGAUGUGAUAGCUGGUCUCAAGGACGAGCUGACGGGUGUGGAGGCCAUCCUUCUGGCCUUGAAUAAUGCGCAGAAGAACUCCCAGCUUGAACACCUCACACCCGAUGUGAGGAAGGCGCUGUCGUUGGCCAUCAUGCAUUGCCAAAAAGCCUGCAGUGAUUUUCGCACAAAGAUAGUACGGUGGACGAAGCGCUCGGGUGAAAAGAUGCACGUGUGGGAUCGUGUCCGUGUCGGCUUGUUCGCUGAACGAACUGUUGAGACUUUAUGUGAGCAGCUCAACCGCUACAAAUCUACCAUGGACACAGCAGUCAGCACCGCAAUCUUGUAUGUAUUCCAUUUCUGA